AUGGCUUUGAUUAAGCUUCGGUCGAUGGUAACAACCUAUUUACUCUGGCUGUUCUUGGGCAUCUUUGGGGGGCAUAGAUUUUAUCUCUAUCAGUAUGACAUGGGCCUGCUAUAUCUCUUUACCGCAGGAAUAUUCCUGAUGGGGUGGAUAACCGAUGCGUUCAUUAUCCCCUUUAUGGUCUGGGAAACAAAUACGAUCAUCCGUGCCAUCAAUAGACAGCAAUUACAAUUUGAGAACGAAUACGGAGAAAAUACAAUAGUGCACCCUACUCGCCCACGCUAUCCUCUAGUCACUCAGGUCAAGGCAACCGAAUACGAUGGACCUAAGGUCUUCUAA